CAGGAAGGUCGCUGCCUGUUCGUCAUUCUGCUCAUGGCUGUGUACUGGUGCACCGAGGCCCUGCCCCUGUCAGUGACGGCCCUGCUGCCCAUCAUUCUCUUCCCCUUCUUGGGCGUCCUGCCCUCCCACAAGGUCUGUCCCCAAUACUUCCUGGACACCAACUUCCUCUUUCUCAGCGGCCUGAUCAUGGCGAGUGCCAUUGAGGAGUGGAACCUGCAUCGGAGAAUUGCCCUCAAGAUUCUCAUGCUCGUCGGGGUCCAGCCAGCCAGGCUCAUUUUGGGGAUGAUGGUGACCACCUCCUUCCUGUCCAUGUGGCUGAGCAACACCGCCUCCACCGCCAUGAUGCUGCCCAUUGCCAGUGCCAUUCUGAAGAGUCUCUUCGGCCCCAAGGAGGCGCGGAAGGACCCCAACAGGGAGAGUGAAGAGUACACAGCUGCCUUGCGGAGAAGCAGCCUGCGCACUGUGCCCACGGAGAUGCAGUUUCUGGCCAGCACAGAAGACAAAGACUGUACCCAGGAGGUAGAGGUGCCUUUGGACCUUCCAGCUGACUCCAAGAAGGAGGAGGAAUAUCGCAGGAACAUCUGGAAGGGCUUCCUCAUCUCCAUCCCCUACUCUGCCAGCAUCGGGGGCACCGCCACCCUCACGGGCACAGCCCCCAACCUCAUCCUGCUCGGCCAGCUCAAGAGCUUCUUCCCGCAGUGCGACGUGGUGAAUUUCGGCUCCUGGUUCAUUUUCGCCUUCCCGCUCAUGCUGCUGUUCCUGGUGGUGGGCUGGCUCUGGAUCUCCUUCCUGUACGGGGGCAUCAGCCUCAGGGGCUGGAGGAAGAAGUCUGAACUCAGAAGUGAUGCAGAAAAUAGGGCUCGAGCAGUGAUUCGAGAGGAAUUCCAGAAUCUGGGGCCCAUCAAGUUUGCUGAGCAGGCCGUUUUCAUCCUUUUCUGCAUGUUCGCCAUCCUCCUCUUCUCCCGGGACCCGAAGUUCAUCCCCGGCUGGGCCAGCUUCUUCACCCCUGGGUUUCUUUCUGAUGCCGUCACCGGUGUGGCCAUUGUCACCAUCUUGUUCUUCUUCCCCUCGCAGAGGCCCUCCUUCAAGUGGUGGUUUGACUUUAAAGCCCCCAACACAGAGACAGAGCCGCUGCUAACAUGGAAGAAGGCCCAGGACACGGUGCCAUGGAACAUCAUUCUCCUCCUGGGCGGGGGCUUCGCCAUGGCCAAAGGCUGUGAGGAGUCGGGGCUAUCUGCGUGGAUCGGCGGGCAGCUGCACCCCCUGGAGAAUGUGCCCCCCGCGCUGGCCGUGCUGCUCAUCACCGUGGUCAUCGCCUUCUUCACCGAAUUUGCCAGCAACACGGCCACGAUCAUCAUCUUCCUGCCGGUCCUGGCAGAGCUGGCCAUCCGCCUGAGGGUGCACCCUCUCUAUCUCAUGAUUCCCGGCACCGUGGGGUCCUCCUACGCCUUCAUGCUCCCAGUGUCGACGCCCCCCAACUCCAUCGCCUUCGCCUCCGGACACUUGCUGGUGAAAGACAUGGCACGGACAGGCCUCCUGAUGAACCUGAUGGGCGUCCUGCUGCUCAGCUUGGCCAUCAAUACUUGGGCACAGGCCAUCUUUCAGCUGGGCACCUUCCCAGACUGGGCCGACAGCCACUCGGCCAACGUCACAGCACUGCCGUCCACCUGGGCCAACGACACCUUUCGGACCCUCUGAGUCCCGUCGGGGACACUCUUAGGGCGGGCGGGGCCCGCCCGGAGGCCUUCGCCAUCAGCCGCCUCUGGGGCCCACAGGACGGUCAGGCAGCCCUCUCUGUGAUCCAGUUUGCAGCAAGCGAGGGUGACCCCCAGGGGUUCUCAGUCUCAUAUCUAGGGCACCGGCUCCUCCUCUCUCCUGCAGUUCAGGGCCCGGAUUUCUCCCAGACCUGCUGCCGGGGAGACAAGCUCCUUUAUCUCUGAGCUGUCCUGUGGUUAGGAUGCCAUGUGGCCAUAAUAAGCGAAUCUGCAAUGGCGUUUGUCUGGACGGCUGGGGUGGGGGGGCCGUUCUAGGGGCAAAGCUGACAUCCCCCACAGCCAGCACCCCACCAGGAUGCCCUCUGGAGGAACCAGUUUCCUCAGAGAGGCGUUAGCAGCUGUGGUGCUGCAGUGCAGCUGUGCCAGCUGAUCACAGCUGGGCGGUGUGCCACCUACUCCGUGCCCACUGGUGACUGUUAUCCCUGCUGUCACCCUGCAGCCAGAGCCACUUUCAGUCCCGGGACAGGAAGUGACAGAGGACUCCCCAGAGCUGCGGGGGGGGGGGGGGGGAUAGGCAGAAGCUCCCUGCUGUUUCUCUGGGUUCUGAGCACACCAGGGGGUUCUCAAAACCCAGCUGACACCACUGCUCAUGCUUUUAGGAUUUUCCCGUUUAUUCCGAUUCAGUCUGGCCAUACUCCUGGAACCAGGCCAGGAGCCUUCUGCUAUGGGGAUCUUGGUGGCUGCAGUUGCCUCUGGUUCCGGGGACUGGUCCCCGCCUCCCAGCGCCCCCUCCCCCGCAGUGGUAAGCAUGUCAGAUUCCCCAAAGCACAGUUUUUCAGAGGUGGGAGAAGAGUCAAAAGCCAAAUUGGGGACUUAGAAAUACCUCAGGCUGGCAAAAGAUAGCCAUCCUCUCCCACGGGGGCAAGCCGAGGCUUCCCCUGAGCCUGGGCUGGUGGGGCUGGCCGGGAGGAUGUAGUCCUUCCUGGCUUCCCCAGGGACCGCACCAGACGGGGCCAGUGGCCCUCAGGAGGGGUCUGGCCACUGAGUGGCCGGUGCACCCAGCGACAGAACAGGCGCCGCCCAAGGGGCCUAGCCUCAGCUCCCCUUCCUAGGCCUCUGAGGGAGGGGUGCCUGGGAGGUGGUGCCCAGGCUCUGCGUUUGUUCUGGGCAAAGCGCCAGUGAAUGGUGAUGUUUCCCUGACGAGGGUGGGGGAAGGAGGAAGGACAGGCCCCCCCAGUUGGAAGAUGAGCCCCACUUCCUUCCCACGCAAGUGCUUCAGUAUUUAGCCCUUGGGAAUUGAGGGGUGGCCUCCUGUGGGAGUGGAGGAAGGAGAAGUCCAUCCUCAGAGAAGCCCAGGGGACGUGUCACCAGAUGAAUUAUGAUUUCAAAUACCGAUUGAAAAUGCUACGCAAUAAAGAAUGUUAAUCACCGCCGGGCCUGGCGGUUAUUUGCCUUUCUGGACACACUGCCAAGCCCCAAGUUUCUGAGGUGGGGAUUCCACACCAGUGGGCUCCCGACAUCACUUCUUUACUGCUGUCUCCUUUCUGUGCUGCUGACGCAAACUCUCCCGCCUCAGGGCCUUUGCACAUGCUCUCCCCGUUCCCUUACCGCUUUGCUUCCAAAUAUGUGCCCGUCGCAUUCUGUUCCAGUUUCUGCUCAAAUGUCACAUUCGGGGAGGAACUUCCUCAAGCAUCUGACUUACAGUAUCACCCUUGUCACUCUCCUUCCCCUUACCCGCUGCACAUUCUUCUUAGUAUUAGUCAGGACACUGUAUUAUUUACUUUAUUGCCUACUAAUUUCCCUCUAGAAUAUAAACUGACUGAAAUACAAGCUUUGUUUUGUCCAGUGCUAUAACUCUGGUGCUUAGGAUAGCCUCUAGCUUGUACAAGGUUCCAGUAAAUAUUUGUUAAAUGAAUCCAGGCCGGGAUUUUUAAGAAAGCAGUGUCACGCUCUGAUCUAGGAUCUGCUUAAUUCAUUCUUUUCUUGUUUAUUCAUUCUCCCACUUAUUUAUUUAAUGUCAUCUAUUUAGAACCUGUUAGGUGCUGGCUCACUGUGCCCACAACAUGGAACUUGUAUUCGAGCCAAGGCAGGAGGCAGAUAAACAAAUUAAAUGCCUGGGUCAUAAUGUGAGCUUAGAGGAAAAUGAGGCUGGCUGAUGUGACAAACUGACUCAGAGGCUAUUUUAGCUGGUGGUCAGGGAGGGCUUCUCUGAGGAGGCGGCACUGGACUGAAACUGGAAAGAAUCAGCCAUGUGCCCAUGUGGUGUGGGAGGAAGGGUGCUGGCUGGGGUGGUGCAGUCAUUGGCCACACACCCAGGACUCAUGUCUGGGAUAUAGAGGAGCCGGAAGCCAGGAGAAUAGUUAUAAAGCAAAACACCCAUUGGAGGGGCCUCUGGCUACAUAACAAAGCAGCCUCACCGCACCUGCAACACAGCUCUUGGUAGCUCCGGUCUCUGCACUUGGAUGAGGGUCUCAGCUCUCCAUGUGCGACCAGGGCGCUCAGUGGGAGCUGGACUGUCCACAGUGGCUGUGGCCCACAGUGGCUGUGGGGUCACAUGGGUUAUCCAAGAGUGAAUCUCUCCAGGUGACAGUGGGCUUCUCGGAAGGCAAAAGCUGAUCUCUUGGGCUCCUGAAUACCUGGGUUAGGGGUCCAAGAGAAUCAAUUCAACCACAUUGCAUUGGUCAACAUUCCAAGAUUAGGCUAACUCAAGGGAGGGCAAUAAGAUGACCAUCCUGGCCAGGAAGGAGAAGAUGGAACAAAAGAUGACGAAGCCACUCUGAAAAGAAAUCUUUCCGUGGCCAGCAGCUUUAUAGAGACGCCCAAACCCGUGUGUAAUCAGGUAACUGCAAGUUCAAAUAAGAAUCAUGCCCAUCAGAAGGGCAAAGAACUAGAUAAGAGCACGGGAACAGAGCCCUCGUCUCUGCCGGGGUCUUGAAACUGUCGCCAUCAGCCAUUUGCAAGCUUUUGGGGGAUUCAAUACCUGAAAUCCUAAAAUCCUCUUAUCCUGCUCCUGUAUUUAUGUCCCAGCAAAACGAUCCCCUGGGUGAAGAAUGCUCGUGCCACUGCUGUUUGAGGGGCUAAGUGCGGGAGUGUGAUGGGGUAAUAGCAUUCUGCAGGAAGCACGCUGAAACCAGGGCCGUGGAGUAAGGGUACAGUCCGUGCAUCAAACACACAGAGUGGGCGGCAGAGGAAUGGAGGCACACCCAAGGCGCUUGAAUCUGACUCCUGAGCUGCGUGGUCUGGAAGUACACUCUCAGCUUUAGUGACUGCAGGUUCUGUGGGGUAGAAAUUUCUGUGAUGAGGGCAAUGGUCUGUAUCUACCUCAUCCACUAGAGUAGUGGCUAGCUUUGACUACUGACAUCUGAAACGUAGCCAGUCUGAACUGACAUGUGCUGUAUUAAAAAUACUGGAUUUUAGGCCCUCCCUGGUGGCGCAGCGGGUUAAAGCACAGCACUGAGAAUCUUAAGCCACUUCCGCAUGAGUUCGA